AUGUGGUCGAUGGUACCUUGCAGAAGCAAAAAGAGUUUGAGAACAGAAUCACCAAUGAAUAUCCAAGAAAUCCUAAAGACGAAACUUGAGACCAUCAAAGAAGAACCCGAGAUCAUUAACGAGGAAAAUGGAGCUCUAGCGAAGCAUAGAAGCAUGUCGAAGAAGGUGAUGAAGAAGAUUCAUCUGAAGGUUAAGAUGGGACACCUUUUUACAUCUCAAACAAGCCUUAAGGAAUCAUAUCUACUGUUCAUGACAGGAAUAGCAUCCAAAGGUGGGUUAAGUGGGCUCUCUCGAAAUAUCACGUAA